AUGAAGCCGGCGACGGUGGAUACGGUGUGCAUCGUUGGCAACGCAUCCGUUGCCAUCGGGCUCGGUAGUCACGUGCUGUUCGUGAACUUGAAAACAUCGGCCGAAUCAUACUAUCUGGCCGAUUCGGCGCAAGCUGGCAACGGAGUGGCGUGUAUUGCGGGCCACAAACUGUUUCCCAUUCUUGCAUUCGCGGAACGCUGUCUUAAACCGCGCAUUUUUCUCAUUUCGUAUCCUGCUUUUGCUGUGCUGUCGGUCCUCGAUGGAGAUCAAACGCAAUGUUCCUACACUGCACUGUGCUUUUCGGAGAGCGAGCUGCUCGUGGCGCUCACUGGUGUGCCGGAUUAUUCGCUGGAGGUGUACGCUUGGCGCAGCAAGGAGCUGCUUUGCAAAAAACCAACGUCCAUCUACUCCGACCAGCAGCGUUUGAUCUGCAGCCCGUCGGCCGUCUUUGCCGUGUGUCAGUAUGCGAGCCGGAAAGCGGCGAUGAAGUUGUGGGAAGUGCAUGGCAACAUCCGGCUAAGUCGGCUGAUUGAACGGUCUAUCGUGCUGGAGAUGCCAAAGGAUCAGUUACCAUUCGGUGUCACCUUUCUGAUCGAUGGCAAUUUGGCGAUUAUAAAUCAAAAGGCUAAAAUUUCGAUCGUAUCAUCGUCGAGCGGACAGAUCAUACAAACCAUCAAUCCGGAGGAUGCCGAUCCAACGGAACCGGACUUUAUCCCGUUCAUAUUCUACUGUAAAGGAGGUUUGUUUGCAAGCGCUCCGGAGGGACACGUGAAGUUCUACCGGAAACAGAAGGGUGCCUGGAAUAUGCUGUGGUCGACGCAGGCCGAUGCAUCCUACGCUCAGCUGGUGCACUAUUCCGUUUCGGAGGGCCUCCUGGGCAUCACGACUAACGGUGUCAUCAUGCGUACCGCGCUGGAUUAUGAUGUGCGUAAUGUGGAGUUUCGUUCGCUGAAAGAUUUGGACAUAGGCUAUGGACACUGUGCUGGAGGAGGACGCGCUCUCAAACGGAUGGUAGGUGUCAAAGCGGACGGUUCGGUUCGGUUGAUGAACUUCGAUACUGGAAUCAUCGCCUCGACACUAGACGUCGGUCAGCUACGGUGCAUUGCAAACCAUCCAUUGCAACCACUGCUAGUGGUAGGAACUGAUGCAGGAGUGAUUCAAGUGGUGGUUAUCACUAGCGGAGAGCAGGCAAUGGUAACUGGUAGGCUGCAUCUCUCCAGCCACUCGAUUCAAUUGCUGCGGUUCGCCGUCUACGAUGGGAACUACUUUGCUGCGCUGGACAAAGAAGGUAAUUUGGCCAUUCUGGAGAUUGGUCCUGCUUUCGGAGUAAACGUUGUACAGGUGUUUAAACACCGGAACGACAUACGGGACCUGUUGUUCUGGUGUAGCCGGGAGGAGGUAUUGAUCGUCGAACCCAUCCAGCCGAACCGUGUUAUAAGCUUCAAGGAAGUCGAAUUCAUCGUUAAGCAGCGUACUUUGGAGGAGGCUACCAAACUGGCGAUUGUACUACCCAAUGAAUACACUCAGAUUGUGCCGAAGGCAUCCUCCAACAUGGAGCUUCUGCUGUACGCCCAUCGUGUCCGAUCAAACACUAUCGAUGUCCUGGAACUGCAUCGAUCUGAAGGGGAGCUCAGCGUCAUCGUAAGGAGCAGUUUUUCGACGCCGCAAUCAGCUCUGCAUCUCGAGCUCGGUGUUGAUGAUCGUUAUCUGUAUGCCUGGUCGUUGGAUGGUAGGAUCGCUUUGUAUGAUGUACUGGACGAGAAGCUACUCUGCAGUUUGCUCUUUGAUGGGCGUUAUAAUGGUGGACUGCAACAUGUUUCUCUAGACGUAAAGAAUGAGUUUCUAACUAUUCUUUGCCAUGGUGGGUUGCUUAUUUGCUUGAAACUGCAAAAGAGCUUUGGUCGAAGCUCUGCCAGAUCGUCGCAGGAUACAGUCAAGGCAUUCGAGCGAGCGAUAUGUGAGCUGGAAAACUGCGGGGAAAAGCUGCCAGUAGCAGCCGAUGAUACUGAACCCUGGAUUGAACGGGAUGAGCAGACGCGACGGCAAGAAAAGGGGAAAGUAUUCGAACCAGAACAUGAAGCCAUUUUUAGCGAGUUUGUUGAGAUCAAGCAGCAGCUUAGGCAGCUUGUCGAUCGUAACGAAACGGUUCCACCGGAGGAAAGGUUUCCAUUGCAGGAAUUUAACCUGAACACGGAAGCAACCGAAGCGAUGACACAGAAGGCUAAUGAAGAGCGGAACGAAGAGAAGUUGCGUCUCCAGAAGUACAUCGUUUCGGAAGGAACCAUCAACCAGCAGCUGAUCGAGAACUGUUGGGCAACUAUGAGUAAAAAGCCUCUGAAAAUCAGAUCAAUGUUUAAGCAUUCGUUUGUGGAAAACUAUGCCAUGUUGCCUACCAGCGAGCUGCGGCACUAUCUAGACAAGGUACGCGUGUAUCGAGAAACGGAGCUAAUGGCGAGCCAUGAUGCUUUACUUCCAUGGAAGCCAACGCCAACGUAUCAACUGGAAUCGAUCCUCAAUCGUGAUCCGGAAUACGGUAACGUGCUGGACAAUUUGGCUAGAGCCUCGAUUAAGAAAUCGUACGCUUUAUCCGGUACCACAACUCAUCGUUUCUUCGAUCCCUACCCGUUACGGUACGACCAGCUGGAGGUGGUAAUGUUCGAGCAGCUCUACUUUGAGCUGAUUUGUGGUGAUAUGGAAAUCGAAAAGCUACGUGUGUUGUUCAAUGAAAAGUUUGAAAAGAUCAAAACACUGAAAGAGGAAGAGAUGAACCUUGUGUUGAAGCGCAAUGCUAGGGCUACGUACGUUCAGCAGGAGCUGGUUCUGAUAGGCCAGUUGAUGGGUGAUCGCAGUGUGGUCGAAGUGACGGCCAUAGAAGAUCCCCGGUACGAGCCCGAUGAGCGUCCGGAAACCAUUAUCCAUACGGAGGAUUCGGAGGUACCGGCGGCACCGUACAUCAGUCCGAGUGUUGAGCGUUUGCUUGAGCAGGAAGAACUUGAGCGAGAACGACGCAGACAGGAGUUACUUGCGGACGAUUUCAAGGCACGUGCCCUGGUCGCCAUGAUGGACGGUGUGCUGGAGCAUCGGUGGGAAGAUGAAAUUAAGAAGAGUUUACCUCUGCCACAGUGUCUGGAAAUUGGCAAAGAACCACAGCAUUACAACGAAACCGACAUCCGUGAGGUGAAGGAGUACGAAGAGGCGAGCAACGUGUUGCUUCAAGAUCGUCUCCGCUAUCGUCGGAUGCUGCAGGAGGAAUUCCAAGAGCUAGCCGCAAGCUUGGAUCAACAGAUCAAGCGCUUCAAUACGGAGGUCGCAAAACUGACGCUGGAGAAAAUCAUCAUCGAAUCGGCCAUCCGGCAGGAGGAGAUGCGCAUCCUGAGGGCCACCCUGUACAACCACUCGAGAAUGAUCUAUGAGGCAAACGCCGAUCGUUUGAGGGAGCAGAUUGACCGGACGGCAAAGUACAUUGACACGCUCACUGAGAUGGCGAAUGAGUUCCAGGAGAAGGCGGCCGACUAUCGGAACACGUACGAUACGCUGCGGGCGAAAGAUCGCUUGUUGGAUAAGCAGUUCAAGAUCAACUUCUCCGACACCGCCCAGUCAGCGUUGGUCGAUCAGGCAUACAAAAUAUUCAAACGCAGACCGAAAACUCAGCUACGAUCGAUCGUGACGGUGUCGGUGUUUCAGGAUAUGGCAAAGCGUAUUGUCGCCAAGAAGACGGCGGGAACGCAUGGAAAUCUUUUACUGCCGCGCGAGUGCCAGGAUUAUCUCGGACAUUGUGAGACACUUGAUCAACCUUCUAACUGCCCGGCAGGCAUGGAUAACAGCCUUUGGCAGACGCUGACCAAAAUGCGAAGGAUCAAAAUCGAAAGCGAGUUUAGGCUUAAAAGUUGUGAGUUGAUGUUGUCGGAUGCAGAAGCAGCAAUCGGUGCUUUGCAACGCGAGAUAACAAACAAACGGAAUGUCCUUACGGUCUUUGAGCAGAGCUUGGAAGAGCUACAAAAUGAGAGAUUCGAGGACGCCACCAACCGUACGGUGCAGCUGGUGAUGAAGCGUGGAUGGAUCGAAAUACAGCAGACAGGGCGAACGGCCGAUUUCACCAACUGUGUGCUGAUCCAUCGGACCGACGUUGAAGACAUCAAUGCCAUCAUCCGGCGCGCCGGUGCCAAGAAACUCAAUGCCAUGGUAAAUGCGGCGUUGUUCCGCCGCAAGAUCAUCUACCAGGAGUGGGAGCAUCGCGCGCUGAAGCUACAACUGCGCGAUCUGCGUGAUCAGCUGACAACGGUCGAGAAGUGCAAGAUCACGAAGGAGGUACAGAGCUGGCUGAAGAUGAAGGGUAUGAAGCGAACGGAAGAUUUUAGUCAGCUGGCGCUUGAGAAGAAAAUACGCAAUGCGGUGCAGAACGAGGAGGAACUGUUGAUGGAGCUGAAAACCGCUCUGGAGGAUAUCGAGCAGCGGAUCGCGGUUAAGCGGAAGGAGAACAAGUUGCUCGAUCAGGAGACGCGCGCCCUGAACAUCGACGUAACCGAGCAGCAUUUGCAGCGCGACACCGAGUUAGAGCAAACGGAGCAAAAGGCCACCCAGGAUCGUAUGGCGGCCAUCGUUGAGCGGGCUAGGCUGGUCCGGUUGGUUCAAGCCCAGCAUACGCACAUCCUCGAGCUCGGAACGAUGUUGGAGUUGCAGCGACUGAAGACUUACCCUACUCUAACGGCUUCGACCAGUGUGAUGACGCACAAUGCUCACCAUUUGCUUAGUAACUAG